GCGGGGUUCUGAAGGGUGGGGGGAGUCCGGGGCAAGCGAGGAGCGAACUAAAGCAUCGUGGGCGCAGGAGGCAGAGUGUCCGCACACCAAAGGACCGAGAAAGGUGCUUCCCGGAGACUUCCUGUGUGGCGAGGGGACGCGCACACCUGAACGCGACGCGCUCCAGUGCGCGUGCGCGGCAAGGGUCUUCCCGCACCUGAUCGCGAGACCCCAACGGCGAGCAGCUCGAGGCCUCGCCUGGGCGGACCGGUGGAGCCAGUCAUGGCGCAGCUCUGUGGGCUGAGGCGGUACUGGGCGCUCCUCGCCCUGCUGGCAUCGCUGCUCCUCUCCGGGGCUGAGGCGGCCGACGAAGAACGUGGCGCCCACGAUUUUUGCCGAGUUUCGAAGAGUGUGGGAAAAUGCCGGGCCUCCAUCCCUAGGUGGUGGUACAAUGUCACUGAUGGAUCCUGCCAGCAGUUUGUGUAUGGAGGCUGUGGAGGGAAUGACAAUAAUUACAUGACCAAGGAGGAGUGUCUUGCAAAGUGUGCUGGUGUCACAGUGAACACCAUCAAUGAUCUGUCCAAGAAUGGAGCAGAUUCCUCUGUCCCAAGUGUUCCCAGAAGGCAGGAUUCUGAUGACCUGUCCAGUGAUAUUUUCAACUAUGAAGAACACUGCACUGCCAAGGCCAUCACUGGGCCUUGCCGCGCAUCCUUCCCACGCUGGUACUUUAAUGCCGAGAAGAACUCUUGUGAUAACUUCAUCUACGGCGGAUGCCGGGGCAAUAAAAACAGCUACCUCUCCAAGGAGGAGUGCAUGCAGCGCUGCUUCGGCAAGCAGUUGUAUCCUGCCCUGCCCCGCACUAAAGUGGUGGUCCUGGCAGGGCUGUUCGUGAUGGUCCUGGUCCUCUUGCUGGGAGCCUCCGUGGUCUGCCUGAUCAGGGUGGCGCGGAGGAACCAGGAGCGCACCCUCCGUACUGUCUGGAGCUCUGGGGACGACAAGGAGCACCUGGUGAAGAACACUUACGUCCUGUGAACGCCCUGUCGCCAAGGGGCUGCCCUCCUCAACCCCCUGUUAAUGAAGAGAAUCUGCGAAGGGAGGAGAGACAAGUGUCGAACACGUGUGUGCUUUUUCAAAUAGAGUGAUUUGUCUGUAUUUGCGCGAUCAUUAGGGCUUUUGGCCUGUUUGUUAAUCCAGAAGGUAAGAGGGCUGCUCCCUGGUCUCCCGGGAUGGGUUUGCUUUGGAAAUUCUCUUAAUGAAGGGCUGUGCACGUUGCAGAUGUUCUAGCCCUAGAUCGGAGUCGGUUCCUCUUCAAUUUAUUUCUUUGCUCCAGGUAUAGUUUUCUUAGCUUAUGUUGAAUCCUGUUGCCUCCUUUCCCAUAACAAAAGUGAUGUUUUAAUAGUUUCCUUUGUUUGUUUUCUGUUUUUUUUUUAAGUAAGCAGAAACAUAAGUUUUUUUAAUUAGGAUUCUGAAAGGAAGAAAGUUAAAUGUACAAGUUUAAUAAAAACGGCCUUCCCUUUUAAAAUAAAUUUCAGCAUGUGC